AUGCUCGUAUCUAAGGAUUCGUCAUCCGUCUCAUAUAGCAAAGAUUGGAUAUACAGUGUUCAGAUAAAUCGUUGGUUGCUGAAAGCAAUCGGUAUCUGGCCUCUCUCAUUGUGCGUCACCACCACAGAGAAAAUCUAUUCUGUGAUUCUCACUUUAAUCAGCAUUUUUCUGAUAGGUUUCCUUCUCGUACCCUGCGCCCUGUGCACUCUCCUUGACAAAACAGGAGAUCUCGAUACGAAGAUUAAAAUGAUCGGUCCGUUUAGUUUCUGUAUAAUGGCGGUAAUCAAAUACUAUGUUCUCCUCUCGCGUGGAUCGUAUAUCGGUAAGUGCAUCGAGGAUAUUCGAAUCGACUGGUCCCGUGUUUCUUCGCAAUAUUGUUUGGAAGAUAGAAAAAUUAUGAUGGAGAACGCAAGAAUUGGUCGAUCUCUAGCGAUCUUCUGCGCCGGUUUCAUGUAUUCUGGUGGAUUUUUCUAUACUAUUGUGAUGCCUCUUUGCACAAAACGAACAGAGAUAAUCGAUAACGAGAUCGUGAGAUCUCAAGCAUUUCCAAUCUAUCGUGGACUUCUCGAUCCACGCACCAGUCCAUCCUUCGAAAUCGUGCAAUUGAUGCAAUGUUUAGCUGGCUUUGUGAUAUAUUCCGUCACUGUAGGUGCUUGCAGUUUGGCCGCCGUUUUUGUUAUGCAUGCCUGUGGACAAUUUCAAAUUCUCGUAAAAAAAUUGCGAAAAUUGAUUGAUGGACUGAAAGGAGACAAAGACAUGGAGAACAUAGUGCAUGAACAACGAUUAGGCAAUAUUGUUGAACAUCAUUUACAUAUAUUAGGUUUUAUAUCUCAAAUCGAAGAACUUCUAAACGAAAUAUGUUUCGUUGAAUUUAUAGGAUGUACGCUGAAUAUAUGUUUCUUGGGAUACUUUUUACUUAAGGAAUGGGAACAAAGUGAAACUAUAGGGACCUUAACCUACUGUAUAUUGCUCAUAUCUCUUAUAUUCAAUAUUUUUAUAUUAUGUUAUAUUGGUGAAAUUUUAUCGGAAGAGUGUAGAAAUAUUGGUUUGUCAGCUUAUAUGAUUGAUUGGCAUCGUUUACCAGGAAAGAAAGCACUCAGUUUAAUAUUAAUAUCUGCAGCUUCGAAUUCUUCUACAAAAUUGACAGCUGGUAAACUCGUGGAAUUAUCUUUGAGUAGCUUUUGUAGCGUGUUAAAAUCAUCUUUAGCAUAUUUAAGUUUACUUCGUACUCUUACUACAUAAAUAUUUCAUGAUGCGGUAACAAAAAAUUUAUCAAAAUUCAAAAUAAUUAUUUCAAAAUAUUAUUAAAAAUGAUUUUUUUUACACCGAAAGUUCAAUUUAUUUCAAAAAUUAUAUUCUAAGAUAAAUUUCAGAAUAAACAAUUUCAAAAAUAAA